UUUGUCAUCGCGGGACAUGGAUUCCAAUGGGUUCAUUUCGUGUAGUCGUCUGAUGGCGGACCCGAUGAUUUUGAUAGUUCAAAAGUCAUUCUGAAAAAAGUAUUCGGUUAUAGCGCGGGUUAACUAAUUGUGUAAUGUUUACGAUAUUCAUCUCUCACAAAGUCGCUUAUUCCCAAUGAAAGAAGUAAAUACGUGAAUUGAAAAACAAAAUUAUUCGUCAUAUAUGAACUGACGGACGCACGUCAACUGAUCGAUAUAUAAGAACUUCGAAUUGAGACCAUGAUGACAAACUUCCACUGACAGAACCUACGUACGUGCUCUAAGUAGCAAAGGCACUCUUCACUUUACUCUCUUUGGAUAAUUUGGAAAAACUGCCUCUUUGAAGAUUAAAGUAUCUAUUAAAUCAAACGAUGGGAUCCGAGCAGAGCUCUCAAAGCAACGAUAUACCAGGAUCAGAGAGCAGCAGAGCGCGAGCGGUUCAAUUGCGGCGUGGAAAGAGCGUUCCGAACCGAGAUGGAAUCCCUGAAGACACACCACCACGAUGUACGAGUCCCGGACCAAGCAUUUGCUCGGAUUCAGAUCUGCCUUACAUAUCGUACACAGUGAACAGGCCAAUAGGAGAUUCACCCAAAAUGACGAAUAAACAGGCCCAAUUGCAGCGAGGAAAGAGCCUCGGAACGCAGGAAUUAUCCAAGCGAAAACCAGGUAUUGGUGCCAUUGGGCACAGAAAAACUCUCUCGGACAAAGCACACAACAUCGUAGUCGUCAAGCCAGCUAUUUCUGAGCCGACUGCAGACAUGGAUGCUGAUCUAGUUAAAUUGCAUAGCAUACCGAUGUUUCUACCCAUUAUGAGGGGAACUUUAAAUUUGCCACCUGGAGUCAGAGACCCUGAAGUCUUGGAACGACUGGAUCCCAUCGGUUUGUUCAAUCUUUGCGCCCGAUAUCAACACCACUUGAAUACAAAUGCACAAAUGAUUGCGACUGAGCAGUCCACACUCAACACCACCCUCGACGUCGAAGUUGUACGAAUAUUCAACAUGGCUAUAGACAGGCAAAAGAGAUUCACAAAAUUUGCUGAACAGCUGAAUAAGAUUCAUCAUAUCAGCCAACAACUGGACAACUGCCACACCCAACUUAAUUAUACUUUAGAAAGCCUUGAAAAGCUCAAUAACUACCUACCAGUUAAUAAUCGACUUGAACCAUUUGUUUGGACAACUGGAUAAGGAUUUAACACCCUUUCAUCAAAUACACUUUUUCAAAACUAUUUGCUGUCAGCAUUUGAUACCAUAUCAAGUAAUCAGCCGUUUCGUGGCAAUUAUUUCAUGCAUUCUAUAAAAGAUAAGUUUAAUUCUAGAGUAAAAUUAUAAGUUGCAGGACAGGAGAAGUUCGUUUGCGAUAAAACUGUAAGUGUGGAUAGUCUAAAGCACAUGAAUUUUCAGAAAUCGUGCUCAUAUUUAUGCUUGUCAAAUAUUUCAAUUGUUUAGACAUUUCAAAGGAUCUAAACACUUGGGAUUUCACAAGAUAAGAGACUCUUAUUACUUGUUUUGUUGUUUACAGCACUGUUAUUUUAUUUUAGAUUAGUUGAAACCGUUUGCUUCAUGUUCAUCAUCGUCAUCAAUAACAAGCAAAAACAAUCUAUGACCAUUUAAAUCGCUGUUUUACUGUAGCAAAUGCUAUUCAUUUUGUUUCAAUAUUAUCAAUGACAAUUUUAGCAAAGUGUAACCUCCCACAGUUUUUCCAACUACUUCUCUGCCAAAGUAGAAUACCGUAAACCUUAACCUCUAUAUUAUAUAUACUCUAAUGUAAUUAAAAAAAUAUCGUAAAUAAAUUGAUCAAUUUACACACA